AUGAGUAUAUCCAAUCAAUCUUGCAAGCCCCCAACCUAUCUAGCUUCAACAGAUUUCCUCGAGACCGGUUGUCACAUUGGAUCUGUAUUUAUGCUAACUUCUUCAAUUUAUACGUUAUUCCUAAUGGCUAAAAAAUCUCCGGAUACAAUGAAAUCAAGUGUUCCCUACAUGAUAAAUUUGCAUGUAGCAACUAUGAUAUGUGAUUUGACAUGGGCAGUUAUAGUUCUGCCAAUGUUUUUUAUGCCGGUUAUUGCAGCACAUGCCUCUGGAAUAUUAACAUGGGUUACCAGGGAGCGAAAUGUUAUUCUUUGGCCACCAUUUGCAGUUCUAGGAGGCAUGGCCGCGUGUCUAAUCACUCUAUUCGAGCACCGCCAUCAAGCAAUCGUCACGAGAAGCUGGUUCGUCAUGAAGCGAAAAUGGACUCGUCGAAUAAUCUACCCCCUAUUCUACGCAAUUUCCAUAAACUUCGGACUCGUGGAACUUCUGACUAUCCCGGAAGACCAGGCACACGCCAAACAAAAAGCUUUCAAGCAGCAUCCAUGCCUUCCUCCGAUCUUUUUCGAUGACACGUCAGCUGUAAUUCAAAGAGACGCGAGUUUAUUCAACCCGCAUAUGUACACCUGUUGUUUUAUUCUAUCUGUAUUAGUAUGCUUCUACUGUUUACAUGUCCUCUGGCACCUCCUACCAAGAAACAACCCGUCAAUGUCAUCCGGAACUCGGAAAAUGCUUAGAAACUUUUUUAUCUCCAUGUGUGUUCAAGUGACUAUUCCAAUUGUUGUAUUGCUUCUUCCGAAUCUAUAUUGGAACAUUUCAAUUUCCUUUGACUAUUACUCCCAGGAACUGAAUAAUAUAAGCAUUAUUCUAUUCACCCUUCAUGGUACAUCGUCUUCAAUCGCAGUUAUUUUUAUCUACAAGCCAUAUAGAGUUUACACAAAGAAGUUAAUUUUUUAUAAAAUUCUAAAGCUGCCGGAGCCAAGGCCUGUGACCAUUGUAGCGAGUGUAUCCGAUAGAAGUGGUGGGAGAACGGCGCCGGCGUGAUGCUCUUAAUCAAUAUUUGAUUUUAU